AAUAAAUCUCGGUCACCAUUAAUAUCUCAAUGUCACUUCCUUUAAUACUGCGAAGCACAAGUAAACCCUAGCUUCAACCACACUAUCAAAACCCUCAAGAUCACUAACUCUAACCCUAAAGUUUCAAACUUUAUCCCUCAAUUUUAAAUAUGGACCCUUCAAUUACAACCCCUUCUUAUCAAUUUCAACUUUUAGGCAAUAACCCACAUGAUCUUUCACUUUCCGGCAAUGAGCCACCUCAAGAAAUCCCAAAUUCCGGCGAUCAACCGGCCGAAAUCUUAGUUUACGGUAGCGACCCGCUUCAAGAAUUCCCAAUUUCCGGCGACCCACCGGCCGAAAUCUCAGUUUGUGGCAACAACCCACCUCCGGAAAUAUCAGUUUCUGAUUACCCAGAUGAAAAUAUGAACAAUUUGACAUCUGGGGAGGAUAGAACUGAGAUUGUUGCUUUGCCGGAGGAUAAUCCGGCGGGUUCCGGCGAACCCCAAUUGAAGAAGCGCCGGCGCAGGAAGAAGCAGUUCCCGGAGAUGAUAUCUUCGGCAGCUGCUGUCUCGGGUUUUCGAGUAAUGCGCCCGAAAUCAACCCCAACUACUACUACUGCUGAUGAUGAAUUUGAAGAGCUUGCUGAUCAUUCUUUGUCGAAGUCUCGUCGUAGGAGGAUUUCUGAUUUGGCCAAAGAGGUUGAUGUGGAGGCGAUGAUUGCAAUUUCUGUUGGGUUUACUGUUGAUUCGCUCACGGAGGAAGAGAUUGAAGCCAAUGUAGUAUCUCAAAUUGGAGGGAUUGAGCAAGCUAAUUAUAUUGUUGUUAGGAAUCAUAUUCUGGCACGGUGGAGAUCGAAUGUUGAUGUUUGGCUUACUAAAGAUCAUGCUCUUGAGUCGAUUCGAGCUGAGCAUAGGAGUCUUGUCAAUUCGGCUUACGCGUUUUUGUUAAACCAUGGUUAUAUAAAUUUUGGACUUUCUCCUGCUAUCAAAGAAGUGAAAUGUAGACCGGUGGAAGGGAGAUAUAGGGGUGAUGUUAUUGUGAUUGGUGCUGGAUUAUCGGGUUUAGUGGCAGCUAGACAAUUGAUCUAUUUGGGGUUUAAAGUUGCAGUCUUGGAAGGUAGGGCUCGACCUGGUGGGAGGGUUAGGAGCAAAAAGAUGACAGGAGAAGGCGUGAAAUCAGAUAUUGUUGCAGCUGCUGAUCUUGGUGGGAGUGUGUUGACUGGAAUUAAUGGGAAUCCAUUAGGAGUUUUGGCUAGACAGUUGGGACUGCCACUACACAAGGUGAGAGAUAUUUGUCCUCUUUAUUUGCCUGACGGUAAGACUGUAAAUUCUAAAAUGGAUACUCGUGUUGAAAUUUCAUUUAAUAAGUUGUUAGAUAGGGUCUGUAAGCUUAGGCAGACAAUGAUGGAUGAGGUUAAAUCAGCUGAUGUUUCGUUAGGGACUGUGUUAGAGGCCUUUAGAAGAGUGUAUGGAGUUGCUGAUGAUCCCCAGGAGCGAAUGCUGUUGGACUGGCAUUUGGCAAACCUUGAAUAUGCCAAUGCAACUUUGAUGUCAAAUUUGUCAAUGGCAUUUUGGGAUCAGGAUGAUCCGUAUGAAAUGGGUGGUGAUCAUUGUUUCAUUCCUGGUGGAAAUGAGACGUUUAUCAGGGCACUAAUGGAGGGCAUUCCCAUUUUCUAUGACCAGAUGGUUGAGAGCAUACAUUAUGGAAGUGAUGGUGUUUUGGUGUACGCUGGAGGGAAACAGUAUCAGGCAGAUAUGGUUUUGUGCACAGUGCCGUUGGGUGUGUUAAAGAAGGGAACAAUUGAGUUUGUCCCUGAGCUUCCACAGAGAAAGCGGGAUGCUAUUAGUAGAUUAGGAUUUGGGUUGUUGAACAAGGUUGCGAUCCUUUUUCCCUAUGAUUUUUGGGGUGGGGAGAUAGAUACUUUUGGGCAUUUGACAGAGGAGUCAAGCACCAGGGGUGAAUUCUUUUUGUUCUACAGUUACUCUUCUGUAUCUGGAGGCCCACUUCUUAUCGCUCUUGUGGCUGGGGAAGCUGCAAUCAAAUUCGAACAGAUGUCUCCUAUAGAAGCUGUGAAUAAGGUUUUGGAGGUCUUGAAGGGUAUAUUUAAUCCGAAAGGGAUUGCUGUUCCUGAGCCGCUGCAGGCUGUUUGUACUCGUUGGGGACAAGAUCAUUUUACAUAUGGAUCUUAUUCUUACGUUGCAAUUGGCUCCUCAGGAGAUGAUUAUGAUGUCCUGGCAGAAAGUGUAGAUGGAAGACUUUUCUUUGCAGGAGAAGCUACUAACAAACAAUAUCCCGCCACAAUGCAUGGAGCUUUUCUUAGUGGGAUGAGAGAGGCUGCUAAUAUGCUGAGAGUUGCUACGAGGAGGUCAGCGGUUCAAGCUGAAAAGCAGAAUACUGUUACUGACGAACAUAGUGAUUUAGAUAGAUUAUUUGAGACCCCAGACCUUAGAUUCGGAAGUUUUAAUUGUUUAUUUGAUCCUAGUUCAAGCGAUCCUGAAUCAACUAUUUUGUUACGAGUUGCGUUCGAAGGCGAAAAAUCAUAUUCAGGAGUUCUGCAUCUUUAUGGUUUAAUCAAGAGGAGGCAAGUUAUGGAACUGAGUAAUGUAGACGGAGAUUUUGACACGAUGAGAAUGUUGAGAGAUUUUGGGGUGAAACUUGUCGGGAGAAAAACUUUAUGCAGCACAGCUGAAUCUCUCAUCACCUGCAUUAAACUAGGCAGAUCCAGCCUAAACUGAUGACGCAGUAAAGAAGCCUGCAAAGACGAUUGAUAAGUUCACUUUCACCUC